AUGCCCCACCCUGAGAAAGCGUCGCUGGAGCAGUUCAGGCAACAGGAACAGCUCAUCCACACGAAGGCGAAGAAGGCACCUCCAUUGACGUCGGCACCGGCGACUGCGCAGCCGCGACAGACGUGUUCCUCCCUCCUCCAGAAGGCGAGCAUGUCGCAGCCGCGUCACACUGCCGCGAGAAACGGAGGCAAGGUGCAUCAGCUGAGGGUUAAAAACAAAAAGUCGAAUCCCAACGCCGUGACCCCCUUCAACCACCGCGCACGCUUCACGAAACUUAAGCGCGGCAUCCACGCACAGCGGCAGUGGGUGCUGGACUGCUUGCCGACAGCGGAGCUGCACAUCAGCGCUGGUGCGGUUCCAGAGCUAGAGCACUUCGAGGCUUCUCCAAUUCGCCCCACCCCCUCAUCCUCUGCGCAGGAAUGGGCCAGUGACAGAGAGAGUGACGGUGGCCCAUGUGCGGACGUGGGCUCGCGCAGAGAGUGUCACCAUUCUCAGGCAGUCGUCAAGCGCACCGUGGCGGCGAUGAACUCUCUCUAUGUAAGUCUGGACGCGGCCAUGAAGGGUCGCCGAUACAGCCAAGCAGGGAAGCUGAAGAGGCGCAUUCACGCUUGCCAGCUGCGGCUGCGGCGGGAGUUGAAGGCCCGUACGCUACAAGCUUCCUUGAGAAGCGAUGCAGGUAGAACCAGUCAAGCACUGCGUGACACAACUAGUGCGGGGGUGCAAGAGACGCGCACAACGGUAUCCUCCAGCGACGCUGCGCUGCCGCCCCCGUACCGGAGCUUUCACCCACCCUCGACAUGGCUGGGUGUGGGCCGACACCCGCGCAGCGCGUGGGUGGAUCAGCGCACCGGCCGCUACCCCCAGCUGUGCACCGAAGCACACCUUCAAGCGGUAGUGCGUCACUUCAUGAAUGGCGACGUAGCAGACCUCGACAUCUUGCCCGACACAUGUACGGCAAUGAUCCCUGCUCCGUCUUCGUCGCCGCCCAGCACGGCGCUUUCGCGGUCACAGCGUGCAAUGAAGUCCUCGCUCUUCGCCGCAGCCUACUGCACGAACGUACUCACCGACGCGCUUGAUGACCUCUGCUUCACGCUCCUGCAGGGCCUCUACAAGGAGCAACGCGACUUGAAGCAGAAGCAGCCGCUGCAGUUCAAGGCGAGGCAGCGAUACGUUGUGGGGUUUCAGGAGGUGCUGAAGUGUCUAAAGGCGGGGCGCGUGCGGCUUGUCCUACUGGCGACGGAUGUCGAAGCGGUCGAGACUCCCGUCUCGGCACCACCCCCACCCCCACCUCAGCUUUCAGUCACCACCGCGCCUGGUGGGCAUCGGACGGCCUCGCCCUCUGCCCGCCCGGCAAGCAAAUCAUCACGGAAGAAGGCGUUCCAGACGCUGCACGAAGCCGUUCAGCUUGUGCAGCAACUCUGCGGAGUCACCGGCCCUGCCGCACGGGACACCGUCUCACGCUUCAACGGCCACGGCACCCGAGCACCACCCCUCUGCGUGUCCUGCAUGUCACGCCAGCGACUCUCCUACGCGCUGUACGCGAAGGGCAGCAAGGUGGGCUGUGUGGCGGUGCUGCAAGCUGAAAAGAAUCGCGAGGCUCUCAAGGCGGUGAUGAGCUACGGGCGAUACUUGACCGCCUACACCGCAGAGAUGGAAACGACCAUGGCCGCAGAGGGGUGA